GUAUCUCUCCCGCCUGCAGGUGCUUACUACACAAGGGGAGCGGGCGAAGCCAUGUCGGACAUUGUAUGCAGGUGGUUAAACCAGGAGGUGAAGCUUUCCCGGACCGUGAGUCCAAAGGCACUUGAAAAAGAUUUUUCUAAUGGCUUCUUACUUGGAGAACUUCUGCACAAAUAUGAACUUCAGGAUGACUUUGCUCAAUUUUUAGAAGGCAGGGUUUCCAAUGUCAAGCUUAAUAACUUUUCUCGCUUAGAACCAACAUUCCAACUCCUGGGAGUUCAGUUUGAUCAAAAUGUGGCCCAAAAUAUUAUGACAGAAAAGCAUGGCUCUGUAACCAAACUUCUUUACCAAUUAUACAUCGCACUCCAAAAAAAGAAAAAAAGUGGACUGACUGGAGUUGCAAUGCAAACAAUGAGACCUUUAGCACCUGCAAAACUACAAAGUAUGAAGAGUGAAAUUUAUAGAGAGAGACUUAAGAACCUGGUGCCUCGACAAACUGAUUUGAAUCUAAAACGGGUUUCAGAAAAGUUUCAAGCAAAGUUUAAACAGAUGGAAGAAAAAAUUAAUCGUAUACAUUUUGAAAAUGCCCAAAAAAUUCUUUCGUUAAAGGAAGAACAAAGAAUACAAGAUCUUGAAAAGCACCGCUUAGGCAGAAGACGGCAACAUGAAAUGAUGGCUAGAAUUCAAGCAGCCAUUUUACAGAUUCCCAAAGUCUUGCCAAACCGUACUUUGAAAACUAUUGAAAGAAAUAAAAUGAUGUUGAAGAAAAAAGAGGAAGAGGAUGUGCUUAAUGAAAUUAAGAAGUUUGAAGUGUUAAUAAAAAAGGAGAUUGAAGCCAAAGACAGUGGAUUAAAAGUUCCUAGCGAAUCCCAGACAGCUGCUGACUUGUUAAACACUUAUUCAGAUGAAGAGUACAUGAAGAAAAUUCAAAAACGCCUAGAAGAAGAUACCUUAGCCCGGGAACAAAGAGAGAAAAGAAGAAGGAAAUUGUUAAUGGAUCAGCUAAUAGCCCAUGAAGCACAAGAGGAGGCUUACAGAGAAGAACAACUCAUUAACCGUCUAAUGAGACAAUCUCAGCAGGAGCGUCGGAUUGCUGUGCAGCUCAUGCAUGUUCGACAUGAAAAGGAAGUUUUAUGGCAAAACAGAAUUUUCAGAGAAAAACAAUAUGAAGAAAGAAGGCUGAAAGAUUUUCAAGAUGCUCUUGAUCGAGAAGCAGCCCUUGCAAAACAAGCCAAGCUUGAAUAUGAAGAACAAGCCCAAAAAGAAAUAGAAAUUCAUGAAAGAAUAGCAGCAGAAAGAGCUCAAGCUCGUUAUAAGAAGCAUUAUUCAAUGUGCACAGAAAUUUUGGAUGAUAUCAUUGAUCUCUCAACUAAAGUAGCAGAAUAUCGAAACUUGACUCAUAAUCUUAUCCCAAUUAAAAUUAUGCGUGAUUGGAAGGAGCUGUUUUUUAGUGGAAAACCAAUUUAUGAGCAAGCCUCCAUUGACCCCAUGCCUACUCGCUUCACUCCAGAACAAUUAGUAGAACUAUCCAAGAGGACUUUACUAGAUGACAAUGAUUAUGAGGAGUACAAGACGUUGACUGGAGAAUGGGCCAUCCCAGAAGAAAUGGCUGAUGCUGUUCCACCUUCCAAUAACAAUAUAUUGGGUCAUGUGCUUCGUGUAGUUCAUGAAAAAGUUAACCCUCCAAAACCAGUAACUUAUGAGCCUCAGAUUCCUUCCUUUUCAACUAAAGGAUGUAUGUUGGGAAAGACAUGUAGUGGGAAAACCAGCUGUCUGAAGAUUUUAGAAGAAGCUUUCCACAUCGAGAUACUUUCUAUUGAUACUCUGGUUCAAGAAGCUAUUCAAGCUUUUCUUUUAAAUGAAACAAUAACUGAAAAUACAGAGGAAACUAAAGAAGUUGAAAAAGAAACUUUGUCAAAUGAAAUUUCAGAUGAACCACAAGAGUCAACUUCAGAAGCAAUGUUACUGUCCAAAAGGGAUUCUGAGAUAGAAGAUGAGGAUCUUCUUAAAAUACCGCCAGUUCUGGAAGUGAAACAAACCAAUGUGACAAGACUUAGUAACCGUGCUCAGCUUGGCGAAAAAUGUGAAAAAUUGCUGAAGAAAGGAAAAAGUAUCCCUGAUGUACUGCUAAUUCAAAUCAUGGUGAAUGCCAUUAAUCAAGUACCUGUAGAAAAAGGAUGGAUCUUGGAUGGUUUUCCAAUGACAUUAAAUCAAGCAAAACUUCUUGAGGAAGCCCUUACGGGGUGCAACCCAGAUCAGCAAGAACAAGAGGGAAAGAAUUACAAAUCUACAUUGGCAUCUGAUCCAACAGCUCCCAAAGAUCCCUCUUCUCCCCCACCUGCACUUGACUUUGCUAUGUUGCUGGAUAUAACUGAUACAAUGGUGCUGAAACGUGUGGUGGGAGAGAAAAGAACUUCCUUUGAAACAUCCCAUGGAUUGGGCAUGAGAAGUCCAGAAUCAUAUCUUGAAGAUCAAGAAAAGACUGAGCUAUUGAGGGAUCAGAUACAGCACAGAAUUCUGGGUUUCUUGGACAACUGGCCAGAAUUGGAGAAAUGGUUUUCAGAAAAACAAGACAUUUUAAUCAAAAUCAAUGCAGAAGUGGAAAAAAGGGCCUUAGCCACAAAAGUACAAGAGUAUUUUAUUGCUGAAUUGAGGGAAAAAGAAGCUAAAGCUAAAAAGAAAUUAGAAGAAGAAGAAGCUGAGAGGAAAAAAAAAGAAGAAGCCCUUUUGUCUGAACCUCCACCUCCACCUGCCCCUGAACCAGAGAAAGGAAUGGAGACUGAAAAGGAGAUAAAAGGGAAAGUUGGAAAAGGGAAAAUUGCAGAAGCGGUUAAAAGAGAGUCUCCUCCUAAAGAAGGAAAAGGAAAGAAAGGUGAAACUUCUCCCAAAGAAAAAGAAGCUGGUAAAAGAGAGUCUCCUCCUAAAGAAGGAAAAGGAAAGAAAGAUGAUACUUCUCCCAAAGGCAAAGUUUCACCUAAAGGAAAAGGAGCAGAUAAGAAAGGUCUGGGAAAGAAAUCACCUGUUGAAGAAGUAAGCCCACCUCCUCCACCUCCAGGACCACCACCAGUCAAACCAGGAUCAGAAGAAUGGGUCUAUGUGGAUGAGCCACUUCCUCCGGAAAUACCUCGAUAUUUAGUGCCUUUUUGGGAAACAAUAGAAAAUUCAUACAUAAACACAAUUAAAGCAAUACUGAGACAGAUAAGAGAUGAGAGACACAACGUGCUUUAUUAUCUACAUGACGCCAGACUAAAUUAUCAGGAAUUCCUACAACGGCCAGACCACAAGCAAGAGUUUGUAUCUCAAUGGCAGGAUGAUUAUAACAAUCUCCCUGAAGAUUUGUGGGAUGAUGAAGAAACAAAAGCUGAACUACACCAAAGAGUCAAUGAUUUAAGAGAUCGCUUGUGGGAUAUAUGUGAUACUCGAAAAGAAGAGGCAGAACAAGAACGAGCUGCUAUCAUUGAUGAAUCCUGGUUACAAGAUCAUCUUGGAAUACUCAUGAAUCAUUUCUUUUCUUUGAUGCAGGUGGAAGUUUCACGUUUCCAAGACACAAAGAGACUUCUUCAAGAUUAUUAUAGGGGAAUAGAAGGCAAAAUUCCCAUUGAACUUGCUAAAAGUGGAGGCACUCGAGUUCCCCUGAUAAAUCUCGAAGAUGAAGAGGUACCUGAAAUCUAUGCCAAAAUCCCUGUAGUUCCCAGGAAAUUUCCCUCUCUUGAAGGACUAAUAAGCAAGACCAAAAGUAGAGGGUCCCUGAAAAGAGGCACGGCUGAUUACUGUAUAGAAGUUGUUGAACUCAAAUUUGAAGUAGAUGAAAAGACUGUCAUGAAUGUGUGGCAGAAUGCAAAUACAGCAAUAAACAGCAUGGUAGCUAAUGAAAUAAAUUUGAAAAAAGAUGAUGAAAGUGAAAGCAAGCUAGAAGAACCUAAAGAAAAAUCUCCUCAACAAGGAAAAGGUGUCAAAACUGUGAAGAAAAAGGAAGAGAAGAAGAAGAAAGCUCCAUCACCGGAAAUCCCUCCUGUGGUUCUUACACCAGAGGAACAAGAGGUUCUAGAAAAGCAGAAAGAAUUGAAAAUGAAAAUAAGAGAUGAACAUCUUACAGCCCUUCAGUGUGAAGCACAAGCAACACAGUUCCGACUUGAGCUAAUCAAGAACAAGACCCUAUCUUAUAUGGAAGAACUUCUAAAAAGAGCAAUAGAUGUUUACAAACUGAUGGACAAGUGGCUUGGAGCCCGAUACUUGGCAGAAAUGGCAAGUGUGGAAAAGUUAACUGAAGUGGCUCACUACCACAUUGAAACUUCAACUAAGAUUCAGUAUGAACUUAUUUUAAAUGGUGAAGACUUCUACAUCAAUGGCGAUGUGAAAGUCUUUCCCGAUCCUCUUCCUCCUGUCCGACCUCCAGCUGUGGAGAAAGAAGUAAAUACUUGUCUCACUAUCAAACAGCUCAACACCCUUCGACAAGAAUUCAUGGAAAUGGCACCGAAAGGUUAUUUGGGAAAUAAACAUUUUACUGAUAUUUUGUAUGACUUGGUGACUUUGAACCUUGGAACAAACCACCUUCCUGAAGCUUGGCUACACCUUACUGUACCUGAAUUACAAGAGAUAACAACUUUAUUAACAGUGAAUUCAGAAUUUGUUGACUGGCGCAAAUUUUUAUUAGUCGUUUCACAACCUUGGCCACUCCCAUCUGAGGAAGAACUUCUUCAGACACUGAAAAGAUUUAAAGAAAUUGAUAAAGAUGGAAUGGGCUCGGUUACCCAGGAGCAGUAUAAACAGGUUGGCUUGUGGUUUACAGGUGAUAAAGAUGUCAAAAUUCCAGAAGACCCACUUGAACCUUUACCAUAUAAUAGACCAGAGCAUCUUAUAGAGUUUUUUUUUGACUUGUUUGCUGACUUCAAGAAAGACCCACCAGAAGUGGACUAUUUUCAGAUGCUUCUUUACUUUGCAUGUCAUCCAAAUGCUGUGGAAGGAAUCUACAGAGCCCUAAGUCUGGCUAUCGGAACCCACGUCUUUCGAAAAGUUGAAACCCGAGGUGUGGAUGUAGAACAUGUGACGAUUCGCUCUGACAUCGAUACAGUAACAAUUGAAGGACUUCCUGAAGUAGAAGAAACAAAAAGAGGAAAAGAGAAAAUAAUAGUUCCAGAAUUUCUGAAUAAGGAAACCAUUUCCAUUCCAACACUACUUAAGGUGUUCCAAAGCAUAAAAGAUGCACAAGAUAACCAUCGGUUUUUUUAUGAUGAAAAGAUGGAAAACACUUUUUUUGAGAUUUUCAAAAAAGUAUAUCAGGUCAUAGGUAGCAAUAACAUGGAGCCAGUUGAAGUUGCUUCUCUUCUCAAGCACCCUUUCAUUCAAGAUUUACUUUUAACUUAUAAGGAAUACAAACUUCCAAAUAUUAAAGGAAUUCUCCAACGGGUUGACCAACUGCAAGUCGUCAGUGAAGGGGACCAAAAAGUAAUUGAAGAAAAGAAAUAAAACAAGAAUAGCUUGAUUGUGUCAAGAGAGACAAUGAUCCUUCUGGAGAGCCCAAGUAGACACAUUUACUGUUGUACAUGUGGUUAUUUUCAUUACAGAAGCAACCACUAAUCAAGCUUUGUGAAGAACUGAAGACAAGGUCUUCUUUGGAUAUCAAGUCUUUUGGAAAUUCACCUUGAAGUGUGAUAGCAAAAUUACAAAUGAAAAGGAAAUACUUAAAUAGAAUGAGAAUUAAGUCGAACUACAUGUUGCAGGAACAAAGUACAGUGAUUAAAUCUGAAAGUGCCCUAAAAGACAAUGUCACCAUUAGGAGAAUUUAGUUCAGAAUUUCCCAGGAAUUUACAAGAUCCAUGCGGUAUCUGCAGUGCACUCGAAUUCAAUUCAUAAUCAAGACAAUUAUUUCCCUAUAUAUUUCCAAGAGAAACACUGCACAAUGAAAAUGUUAAUUAUAGACAUCCCCAAGCCAUUCUUUCAUAACUGAUCAUCUUUAGUCUUUAUCUGUAACAUGGGUGUUCAUGUACAUCUUUAAAUAAAAUAAUGAAUUAAAUUGCAUUAUUUGUCUCAAGGAAGAAUUAAAAAUAAAGUAAAAAUAAAAACAA